GCUGACCCAGGCGUCGGGCUGGAAGGGUGGCUUAGGUGGUCUUACCACCCCCUUGGUGGUGCUGUGUGCAGGGGCCAUGCACAGCACCCUGCUUUUGCUCCCCACACCUCAGAAGCGGCAACUGGGUUUUGGUCUUUUUGUAUCAUGUUCAUAAUUUCUCACAACUGCAGGUAUGUGCAGUUAUUUUUAGUCCCUUAUAUAGUUUCUUCUUUUGCUCAAGGAGACAUUUGUCCAGGUGUGAGCACUUCAGAGGGUCCCAGGUCCCAGAUCCCAGGUCCCAGCCUGUCUCAGCAGCAUGAGUCAAUAUUUAAUUCCUUUUUAUGACUAAAUAAUAUUCUGCUGUUUGAAUAGACCACCUUUUGUCUAUCCAUUCAUCAAUCAAUGAACAUUCCAAAUAUUUAUUAUUAAUACUCCAGAUCUCAGGUUCUGUAAUUCCAAACCAUGGCACCCUGGCUUUCAGGGGCAAAGCAUACCACAAACACUGCCUGCAUUUGGCAACGACUCACUUGGGUUCCCUGUGGAGGAGGCGGGGCCUCUUUGGGCGAGAACACAGCCCUAAUGAUGUGGAGACCUGCUGAAAACCCUACGGUCUACAGGAAAACCGGGGAUUUAUUACUCCAGAUUCAAGGGCCACUGGGCCAACCUAAGAAAUCCUGUCUUUUGCGGAGCCGGAUGCUCUGCACCAUUUCCUCGCAGCCCCUCCCGGGACCCUCGAAGGGAGGGAGACUGCCUGGGGCUUCUGUCCCGCGGGUCCUCUACCCUUGGGCCUCCGGCCACGUGGCCGCCCCCAGCCAAUCAGCGCGGGGCGUCCGUAGUCCUGGCAACAGUUGCGUCCAAGCUCUGCAAGUCACGCGCCUCUUGCAAACUUGGUAUUACUGUUUUUCUAGUACCCCAUAAUCCCGCGCAAGCACGCACGCACGCACACACAGACGCUCUUCAGCACCCGCUCCCAGCGCCGCGACCAUGGAUUAUUCUUCUGAAGCGUUUGAGGCUCAGUUCCAGUCGCUGCUCCGGUUCUACCAGUCUCAGUCCUUGGCUGAUGAAAACGCCAGCAAGGAGCCGGUGUUCAACCCUGAAGGGGUCAUCGCCCACUGCUUCAAGCAGUUCACGCAGGAGGACUUCCACCUGCCUCAGAGCCGCCGGCGGGUCAUCAUCUUGCCUCACAAGGAGGCUCCAAUGGCCAUCCCUCCCACACCCCAACCCCAGGCUCCCCUCCAGCCUGCCCCCAUCUCCGAAGCCCUGGAAGUCGGGGACGUCCAGGAACAGCCAGAGGACCCGAGGGCCUGGCUGACGCAGAGGCUGAAGUUUCGGCAGGACCUGGAGUCAUUUGGCAACAUAGAGAAGUGGCUGCAGAACAAGUCCACACUCACGCCAUCAGAGGACAAGGUCCUACAUGAGAUCCGCAAGGAGCACGAGGCCUGGCUGAUGGGCCAGCUGGCCACUACCAGAGACGUCAAGAAGAAAAGCCUGCGACCCUCCCGCCGGCAGGUGCCCCAGCUCCGACUACCCAAACCCUCCGCCCUGUCGGCCUUGUACUCCUACCUGCACAGCCGCAAGAUCAAGAUGCAGGAGCUGUUUCACCAGGUGGACCGGGGCAAGAGCCAGAGGAUCUCCAGGGAGGAGUUCAUCAUGGCUCUGAAGGGGGUCGGAGUCCCUCUGAAAAACCAGGAGGUGGAGGAUAUCGUGAUCUAUCUCAGCUCUCUGGGAAAGCACAACAGCAUCAGCACGGAUAACCUGGCCAGCACCUACAAGCAGUGGUCUUUGGCUCAGCAGAAAAUCACCCUGGCAACUGCGACAGAUUCUUCCAGAUCUGCCACAGACAGCAGUUCCCCCCAGAGUCCAUCCAAGAAACUGCAGGUGAAUUUUGCUCCAGAGCCUCCCCAGAUGGACCUGCUGACCGUGCCCGUGGUCGACACCGAGACGGAGGCACGGCCCUUGACCCUGGAGGAGAUGGAGGACGUGGGCAAGCGGUACCGCCAGAGGAAGCGGCAGAACAAGCUCGCCAUCCCCUCCAUCCAGUACACGGAGCAGUGCCGCCUGGUGCGGAGUGGGGACAAGCACUUUGAUGAGCACUGCCUCCCGUCCACCAUCCACGGGGAGAUGGAGGAGAUCAUCAGCAAGUCUCGCAUGGACACCUUUCUGGUCUACCUGCAAUGCUGGAAGCUCUGCGAGUCCUACGGCCUCCCGCUGACCGAGGAUGUCCUCGUGAGGGCCCUGAUGUACCCAGGGGACAAGAUCAUUUUCCAGAAGGACCAGGUGCGCCCGAUCCGGCAGCCAGGAGGCUACUACUCAGACCUGAAGAUCUUCAGUCCAACCCUGGCCCUGCUCAGCUCCCGGGGCAUUUCCAAGCCUGUGGCUCAGAAGCCUGACAAGAAAAUGCCAAAGAAAAUCAAGAAAGUCACCUUUAAGGAGUUUGAGGAUUUCACCAGGAAGCUGAAGGCGAAGAGGCCCAGUGGUCCGCGGCUAACCCAUCCUAAUUUCUUCUGGCCGGGUCAUCUCCUGGACAAGCUGCAGCUCUACCUGCCCACUGUGACCAUGGACCGGAGCCUGGUGCUCUUCAGUUGUGUCCAACGCCGGCCCCAGGCCUACUCAGCCAACUACCACCCCGACCACUGGUGGCCCAUUAAGGACAUGAACUACAUGACCUAUGCUUAUUACGAUGCCCGCAAGAUCUACCACAUCUGGAGUGGCCCAGAUGUCGCCAAACCUAGCCAUCCUGGGCCGGGGGCCAGGGCAGCUAGCAGCCCAGAGCCAUAG